AUGGCGACGAAACAGCGCAUGGUCAAACUCACGCUCUACGCGCGACGCAAGAGCCACCUCUCCGAGGACGAGUUCCAGAAGUACUGGACCGAGACGCACAGGGGCCUGGCGGUGGAUUGGUUGGCAAAGUAUGGUAUCGUCAAGUACACACAGGACGCAUGUGAUUACGAAAUACCUUUCAAACAGUCUGCUCACUCUCGCAUCGGACAGUACCACACGCCUUCGGAGCUCAUUUCGUCCGCCAUAGCAGGGUUUCCGGCGCUCCAGGGCGUAAAGAAACUCACCUUUGACGGCAUCGGCGAGUUUCUCAUGCCCGACGUGUCGUGCUUCCACAAGGCCCGCGAGGACCUGUACUACGCCGAGGUCAUUGCGCCGGACGAGGACAAGUUGUUUGACUGGAACACGGCAGAGUGGACCAUCGGCUGGGAAGAGGUGUACAUCAAGGACGGGAAGGUCGUGGACAUGCCCUUUGGUGAUGCUGGUGAGGUGUUCAAGUCCUGA